GUCUAAAUUAGGUCGGAUUUUCCGAAAUUAUUGUUUUCAGCAAUGUCACGGCGCAUUUCAGUUCAGUCCUCCAGUACUCCUUUAUCGGCUGCUUCCAAUGUCCAUCUUGUAUUUGCUGCUACCGUAAAUCCACGCGGCAGAUUCAGCGCGUUUUUGAAAGCCUUGUUUAUUCGCGCAAAGUCGCUGUUAUUUUGAAUUUGAGAUUUGCGUAAUAAAUAAUUGUAGUGUUAAUGAUUUAAUAUUGGGGUAUUUUAUAAUUUUCUUGCCAUCAGAGUUUUAAUAAGGCCGAGUCAAACGAACUUCGUAACGAAUGUGCUGGAGCAGGGGAAGGUUGGUGAAGCCUAUAGUGGUGUAUUGUGGGAGAGACAGAAACCCCAGACUAGAGGCACACAAUAUGUGUUGGCUCGCAAAAAGGAGGCAGUAUCCUUUAAAUCAUGUAAUGUAAGCAGUGAGAGGUUACAUAUCUCGUCGUUUGGUACUGAAAUAUUCGAUCGGACACAUCAUGUCCAGACUCGGGGAUAUAAAUGAAGAUCACGGUAGAAGGCAGAGUUCAAGUUUGGCGAACGGCAUGGAGAGAAACCAUCCCGUUUGCAGUUCGGGGGAGAAACGAAGUCAUUGGAGAAGUUACAAGUUGAUUAUUGACCCAGCGUUAAAAAAGGGACCGCACAAACUGUACCGCUAUGAUGGACAACAUUUUAGCAUGCCUGAUUCCGGGAUGCCACCCGUGGACAUGGUCAGGGAUCCGAGAAUCGGACGCCACUGGGCCAAGUACAAGGAGACCGAUCUCCCGGUUCCAAUAUUUAAGAUUGACGACUGCUACAUUGGCCCUGUGCCUCCAAAGGAGGUGACAUUCGCCAGGCUAAACGAUAACAUAAGGGAGGGUUUUCUGACCGACAUGUGCAAGAAAUUUGGAGACAUUGAAGAAGUGGAAAUAUUGUACAAUCCGAAGAACAAGAAACACUUGGGGAUCGCUAAAGUCGUAUUCGGAGCUGUAAAAGCAGCGAAGGAUGCGGUACAUAAUCUCCAUAACACGUCUGUGAUGGGCAACAUCAUCCACGUGGAGCUAGACCCAAAAGGUGAGAAUCGCCAGCGGUACCUCCAGCUCCUGAUCAAUGGCACUUACACUCCUCGGACUCUGCCCGUGGGGGGCGAGGAGGCUCGUGGGGUGUCCCCCCACACAAUCGCAGAGGCGCUGCUGGAGCCUAUCAGGAGGCUGUCCGAGAGCAGUUCAUCGGUGGUGGGCGGAACGUCCACACCAGGCACGGGCACCCCCCUCUCCCAGGACACGGCCUACUUCAGCCUGAGGCAGGAGACGCCACAGUCGCAGAACACGCCCCUCGGCACGCCACGGCCCUCGGGCACGCCCUUCUCUCAGGACUCCUCCUACUCCAGCCGACAGGCCACGCCCACCCACCAGCCGGGCCGUGCCGACGGACCAGGGGCCGGCUACAAGCACCGGCGGCAUGAGUCCAAGUUCCAGGACGCCUACAACCGGCGCACGGAACGCCACUACGUGCACCAGCAGCCGCCCUUCCCCUUCAAGCAGCAGCACCAGCCGGCGCCGCCCGAGCCCCCCAUGCCCUUCGCCCACACCCCCCCGCCCCCGGCCAGCGCCUUCAAGUCGGCCUUCUCGCCGUACCAGCAGGCGCCGCCCAUGCCCCCCGCCUACCCUCCGGCCGAGCCGCCGUACCCCCAGCCCGUCCAGCGGGAAGGGGACUACCGCCGCGCCCCGCCGCUGCCCUCCACCCCCGAGUUCGCCGCGGGCCGGGACAGACCCGAGACCCCCCCGAUGCCGGAGCCGCCGCCGGUGCCUACGGUCGGACCGACGACGCCCCCGCUGGCCCGCACCCCAUCGCCCGGCGCCUCGCCCGGCGCCUCGCCGCCCCUGGAGUCGGAGCGCCACAGCCUGGACUCGCGCAUCGAGAUGCUGCUGAAGGAGAAGCGCACCAAGCUGCCCUUCCUGAACGAGCGCGGCGGUGGCGGUGGUGGCGGCGACUCGGAACCGGACGUGCGCAUGGAGGGCAGCCCCAUUUCCUCGUCGUCCUCGCAGCUCUCGCCCAUACCCCCCUCGUCCGCGCAGCUGUCCCGGCAGCCCUCGCGGCCGUCCAGCACGGGCCUGGAGGACAUCAGCCCCACGCCCCUGCCCGACUCGGACGACGAGGAGCCCGUGCCGGGCACCGCCGCGCUGCUGCUUAACUCCAGGGCCAGCUCGCCCACCAGCUCCCUGGCCAAGAGUGCCUCUGCGGUGGACCUCAAGGACCGGCAGCACACGCCCACGGACAAAAUGGACAUGGUCAACAACUCCUCGGGCGAGGACAUGGAGAUCUCGGACGACGAGAUGCCCGGCACACCAUCGUCCGGCGACAAGGGCAUCGUUAUCAACUCCUCUGUGUCCCCCAUGCACCCGCAAGCCAUUUCUCUGGGCUAUCCCCCUCUGCCCCCCCACCAGCCGGGCUUCCCCCUGCCUCCGCCUCCCCCCCUGCCCCCACACUCCACCGUGCCACACCUACCCGGCCCUCCUGGCGUGCCACCGCCCAUGAUGCCCCCGCUGCCCCCCUACCCGCCGGGCAUGAUGCACAUGAUGCCAGUGGACCUGGUGAGCUGCCUGCCGCAGUGGGGCAGCGUGAGCAUGUCCUUCCAGAUGCAGCAGCAGAUGCUGAGCCGCAUGGUGCAGAGCCAGCGGCACUACCCGUACCCCCACUACAUGAGUGGCGCGGGGGCCGGGGCUGCCGCCGCUGCUGCUGCCGCUGCCGCCGCCGGGACCAUGGCAUUCGGGGGGCCCUACGCGCCCCUCUCCAUGGCCAGCACGCCCUCGGGGAGCGUGAGCCACGGGCAGCCUUGGUCCUUCCCCAGCAUGCCCAAGUUCAACCCGGCUGUGCCGCCGCCGGGGUAUGAGCCCAAGAAGGAGGACCCGCACAAGGCCACGGUGGAGGGGGUGCUCAUGGUGAUCGUCAAGGAGCUGAAGGCCAUCAUGAAGAGGGACCUGAACCGCAAGAUGGUGGAGGUGGUGGCCUUCAGGGCCUUUGACGAGUGGUGGGAGAGGAAGGAGCGCUCAGCUAAGGCCUCCCUCACGCCGGUGAAGGCAGGAGAAGGUAAAGAGGAGGAGAAGGAGAAGCCGAAGCCAAAAGAGACAAUAGCGUCCAGCUUGCUGGAGAACUGGAACAAGGGCGAAGGCCUGGGCUACGAGGGCAUGGGCUUGGGCAUCGGCCUGCGUGGCGCCAUACGCCUGCCCUCCUUCAAGGUGAAGAGGAAGGAGCCGCCUGAUGCUGCUUCCACCGCAGACUCCAAGAGAGUACGGCCGUCGACGCCAGUCGAUGACGAGAUGGAGGAUGAAGAGUCCGAGCGGGCCGAUCUCCCGUUGGACGGUUCCAGGCAGGAAGGAGAUGGGUCUUCAGCCCGGCGACGUCCGGUUCGGCCACUGGACAGCGAGGGAGAGGAGGAGGAGGAAGAGGAAGAGGAGACUUCUGGGAAGGAUGGAGAGUCGUCGGACAGAGAGGAGGACCGGGACGAAGAGGUCUCCGAGAGGCUCUCGUCAGAAAAGGAGGUUGAUGAUGAUGAGGAAGAGGAGGAUGAGGAGGACCGAGAAUCUGACUCCAGCGACAGUGAAUCCUCUGAUUCUUCUGAUGAAGAAGCUGCCAGCUCUGCUUCGUCCAAAGCUUCGUCAGACUCCUCGUCCGGCAGCGACUCUUCAUCCGACUACGAGUCCAACUCGGAGGAAGAGGAAGAUGAGGAGAAGGACGCUCAGGUGGAGGUGGAGGAGGACGAGGACAAGGUUCGCAGCUCGUCCUCCUCCUCGUCUUCGUCGUCCUCCUCUGAGGAGGAGGGGGAGGCGGUGGAGGAGGAGGAAGUGGAGGACGCGGCGGCGGCGGCCGUGGCGGCUGUGCUGGAGCCCAAGGGGCCGCGUUCGCCCCCCCUGCCGCAGGACGAGCCGAGGGACGAGGCCCUGGAGCUGGCCACGCUGGAGAAGCAGAGGCUACGCAUGGACCCCGAGGCCCAGCAGAGGGCCAUCCGCGAGGCCGAGGAGGCCGUGGGGUCACUCCGGUCCGGCAUGGACGACCUGCGGCCGCCCUCGCCCAAAGGAGUGCCAGAUGAGGAGCCAGAGAGUGACCUUGAGGUCCCGCUGCCGAAGGAGUCCGUGGAGGAGGAGGGAGUCCUGCGACCCCCGACGCCCACCGGCUCUCUGGCCGACAGCGACCACGAGGUACGCCCCAAGAUCCGCCCCGAGCCCGAGGAGGUGCCCCGCACGCCUGGACGUGAGCAUCAUCAUCAUCACCACCAUCAUCAUCAUCCUGCUGCCCUGGACUCGGACGGUAGCGGCCCCCCACUGCCCGCACUGCAUCUCCUGCUGCCCCCGCUCCCUCCGCUCCCGCCUGGACCGGACGCGCGCUCCUCUCUGCAGCCGCCCGCCCCUCCCCCCUCCCUUCCCGAGCUCGUCCUGCCCGCGCGCCCGAGGCUGCCCACCGACGAGGACCUGCCCCGCACACCGGGCCGAGACCUCCCGGAGCGCCCGCGCGGGCAUCUGGGCAAGAGCCAGAGCGCUGACGGGGUUCCGGUGACGCCGGGCAGCGAGGCGUCGCUAGCGGGCGGCAUCGGCGGCCUGGUCCUGGGCUCUCCGCACGUGCCCGGCAGCCCCUUCUCCUACCCGGCGCAGUCGCCCGUGCUCUCAGCGGGCAUCCCGCGCACGCCCGGCCGCGACCUCAGCUUCGGCCCGGUGUUCGGGACCGUCGUGGACCCGGCGGCGCUCGCUGCCGCCGGCUCCUUCGUCCAUCGCAAGACGUCGGCCUCGUCGGACACCUCGGGAGGAGAGGAGAGGGGAGUCUUCAAGGAGCCCGUCGUCUCCCUGCCUGACCGACUCGCACCAUUGCCCUUCCCAGGCGCGCCACAAGAUGGCGCUCUCGCCCACGCGCCAGCCCUCGGCUCCUACCCCACGCCUUCCGACGCUGCCCUCGCCGGACUGCCCAAGGACGCGCCGGCGGUGCCCGUACCGCCGGACGCAACGCCGCCCAAGAGGAAGCCAGGCCGGCCCAAGUCCAAAAAGACACCACAGACGCCGCUUCCUCCUGACCAGCAGCUGCCUCCCCACGAGCCUGCGCCGGCCGCCUUGACCGCAGCAUCGUUGCCCCCAGAGCCCCCUCUGCCCGGGGCGUGCCCUGAGGCAGCGGCAGCCACAGACCUGCCACCCAGCAGCAUAAGCGUGUCCAGGGACCCGUCUGUGGUGGCGCUGGACUUCAGGGACGAGGAGGCGCCGCCGCCGCCCGAAGACGCCACGGCACAGCAGACCGCUCUGUCGGACAUGGAGCGCAUCUUCCGCGAGGAAGGGCACCUGACGAAGACGCGGGGUCGACGCCGGGGAUGGGAGGAGCUGCUGCUGUCCAUGCACUCGCCGGUCAGCUCGCCGCCCAAGCCCGUCUUCAUGCCGCGCUCCGACUUCGAGGAGAUGACCAUCCUCUACGACAUCUGGAACGACGGCAUCGACGAGGAGGACAUCAAGCACCUGCAGGUCACCUACGACCGCAUGCUGCAGCAGGACAAUGGCGGCAACGACUGGCUCAACGACACACUCUGGGUGCACCACCCGCCCACCAAUCAGAACAUCCCGGGGGUGAAGCGCAAGCGGCGUGAGGACUGCAUGCGUGACCACGUGACUGGUUGUGCCCGCAGCGAGGGCUACUACAAGAUCGACAAGAAGGACAAGCUCAAGUAUCUUGAGUCUCGCCUGCCCUCUGACGAGCCCAUGGAGGAGGAGACCCAGGGUGUCCACAAGCCAGCUCAGCCUCACGCGUCCACCAGAGCCGGCUCAGAGAGGCGAUCAGAACAGCGCCGUUUGCUGUCCUCCUUCAGCUGUGACAGCGACCUGCUCAAGUUCAACCAGCUCAAGUUCCGUAAGAAGAAGAUCCGCUUCUGCAGGUCGUCCAUCCACGACUGGGGUCUGUUUGCCAUGGAGCCCAUUGCUGCAGACGAGAUGGUCAUCGAGUACGUGGGCCAGAACAUCCGACAGGUGAUUGCUGACAUGCGAGAGAAGCGCUAUGAGGAAGAGGGGAUCGGCAGCAGCUACAUGUUCCGUGUGGACCACGACACCAUCAUCGACGCCACCAAGUGUGGCAACUUCGCUCGCUUCAUCAACCACAGUUGCAACCCCAACUGCUAUGCCAAGGUCAUCACUGUAGAGUCACAGAAGAAGAUCGUCAUCUACUCGAAACAGCCUAUUAGUGUCAAUGAGGAGAUCACCUACGACUACAAGUUCCCCAUCGAGGACGUCAAGAUCCCAUGUCUCUGUGGAGCCGAGAACUGCCGAGGAACCCUUAACUAGGACCAUCAGCCCUCCUCUACAACUGAAACGGGAAAGGGGGUAGAACCCCUGCCAAGAAACGGUUGCGAAGAACCAGAGGUUCCGUUUGGAGGAACAGUGGCUGCGGAGUGGAGCAGAACCUGGUCUUGUCCGACGUAGCGGAUAACGUGCAGCUAGGUGUCGAGAACUCUCUUGGAGAGAAACAAACGAAAAGGAACUAAAAAAACUAAACACAUUAUGAUUGUUUACGAUUCCAGGUGCUUUUUCAGUGUAUGCAUUCAGACCUGAAACAGAUGACUCUUUACCCUACACCCCAACCCCCCCCCCUCUGUCUGUGUCCGUCUGUCCCAGUGCGCUGGGUUGGAGCGUCCCCACUCUGUCUGUGCUCUGUGUGUCUGUUGCUCUUGUCACUGUGGAACACCCUCAAGCUGCUCGUUCUCUUAACUCUUUCACACGCACAACGUUCCCAGUGCUAGUCAGUGUGUGUGUGUGUGUGUGUGUGUGUGUGUGUGUGUGUGUGUGGCAAGACUGAUUACCAUAAGCUCUACCGUGAGGCUGCCUUCUCCAGCUGCACUACACUACUCCAGUAUUCUCUCUCUCUCUCUCUCUCUCUCUCUCUCUCUCUCUCUCUCUCUCUCUCUCUCUCUCUCUCUCUCUCUCUCUCUCUCUCGUUAACACACACACACGCUCACACACACGCACACACACACUUAGGACAGGUGUCUGUCUCUCUAUCCACAGAUGUCUGUCUCUCUAUCCACACGGUUUCCUUUGUGUUCCUGACUGAAGCCUCAUUCUGUGUGUGUUUCUGUUUCCCCCCUACUGGCUGCCUGUGGUAAUGACAAAGACGAGUGCCACCUAUAGGAGCACCAGAGUAAUGGCCCCUGGAGACCCCCCCCCCAACCCAGCAGCACAUAAACAGCCCCUCCUCUCAUACUGGACCUGUUGGGAACCAGGGGGAGGGCCUGUGUUCACUGACCACUUAAGCUGCUAAAAGAGUGUGUGUGUGUGUGUGUGUGUGUGUGGUGGGUUAAUAGCAUGGCCUGCUCUGUCCCUCUGUGUCCUGUACUCUCCUGCCCCAAAGUCAGAAGCUCAUUUAGUGUUCUCUCUACUGUGUCCUUGCUGUGUGUCACUUUUCCUUCCCCCCCCCCCCCCCCACCCAUUCAGGCCUCUGUGCUCUCUAGCCAAUAAGGAGCGACGGAUGGUGACGUUCAGUUGCCGUAGUGAUGGCAAACGUCUGCUGCUGACUGGGCAUUUGUUUGGGUAGUAUUGAUGUCGUGCCCCUCGGCUCACUUGCUCUACCUGCCCUGCCACAGAGGGGCAGCAUCACCCUCUGACUUGCCUAGAAACAGGUGCUUUAAAGCCUCAAGUGUUACAGUGACUCGCUCUGUCAGAGUGUGCUUCAGGUGGUGAGGGUCACGACAGUCUCAUCUCACAAGCCUCAGUAUGAGUCCAUAGGAAUUGGCUGACUUUCUAUUAUAAAAGGGUCCCAUUCUGUGUGUGUGUGUGUGUGUGUGUGUGUGUGUGUGUGUGUGUUUUGAGUUAAGCUCACAGCACAUUUGUGUAGCAGGGAUUGCCAAAUAUGCCCCGUGAAGACCGUACAGUCACUGAGUCUCACCUGUGUGUGUGUGUGUGUGUGUAUAUCCUGUUCAUGAUUAGCAGUGUUCUUGUGGGUUCUCCCACUAUCUUACAUUCAGCCGCACAUUCAGAGGUUGUGUGUGUGUGUGUGUGAAACUCCCAGCCCUCCUCUGCCACCUCCACACACUUACUUCCUGUGCUUGUUGCCACUCAGAGUGUUUGCUUAUUGCCCUUAUUGCCCCCCCCCCCCCCCCCCUUUAUGAUUGCACUAGAGGCCCGUAUGGCACUUGUGUCCCAGUCAGCCCCAGUCAAUCCAGAGUCCACUUAUAACCCCCCCUCCUUCCCUCUCACAGGGUAGGGUCCACUUAUAACCCCCCCUCCUUCCCUCUCACAGGGUAGGGUUGGAGGGUUGCUAAGUUCACACAAAAAAAGACCAGUAAUGUUUAUAUUGUACAGGAUAGGAAUGUUUGUAUAGAAGACAUGAGGCUUUUUUUUUUCUUUUUAACCUGACGGAGGGACUGCAGGUGAUGACGACAUAGCCUUCCUUUUUUUUAUGAAGAAAAUCAAAAAAGAGAUGGUGUAUUUAAAAAAAGAAACAAAACAAAAAAAAAUAAAAUCUAAAUAAAGAAAUCAUAUUUUCAGGGAUCAUUAAGAGAAGAAGACAAAGAGGGGUGGAUUCACUGAACGUUUGAAGAAGACAAAACAAAAGGUUCAUCUUGUACAUAACACCAGAUCUGGAAACCUUCCCUCUGAAAGAUUGUUUCUUGUAGAAACGUCUUCUUUCGGCCCCAUUUGUUGUUUUGUUUUUGUUUUCUUUCUAAUCUUAAAGUGUAAAUACUUUAACUGUGAAUAUAAAUAUAUAUAUUUUUUUGUUCUUGAGGAUGUGCUGCAGAGAUACAGCUCAGAGACGUGUUGGUGUGUGUAUAUGUAUGUAUGUGUGUGUGUGUGAGAGUGAGAGUGUGUGUGUGUGUGUGUGUGUGAGUGAGGGAGAGACAGCGAAGGAACAGCACAGAGCUGCAGGCAGUCAUUUCAGCUUGUGUCAAGCUUUAUUUUUUAUUUUGGGUUGUAAAUUCUAUGAAGACUUGUUUGCAGUGUGGGAAACCAGAGCAUUACGAUGCAGAAUUGGCCAGGGGGACUGGGCGGCUUCCCCUCCUAUCCCCUGGUCUAUUUAUUACACCAUCAAGUUUAUCGCCAGAAAAAAAAUCAUGAAAAAUAAAGUCAUUUUUUCCAGAAGAA